CCGGAAAUGAGCCCUUGGAGGCCCGGAUGUGGUGGGAGCGAACGAAGGAGAGGGACAGGGAUGAUGGCGGCGCUGAGGCGCGAUGAGGAGCUGGGGCUGCGGGUGACUGAGAUGGAAGAAGAGGAGGGCAUGGGCCGUGGAGAGGAGCAGUCGCUGCAGCUGAACUUGGGGGACCUGGACCUCACCUCAGAUGAGUUCAUCCUGGAUGAAGUGGACAUUCACAUCCAAGCCAACCUGGAGGACUCCCUGGUUCAGGAGGCGCUGAAGACAGGUGUUGAUCUGCGGCAGUACUCCAAGCAGGUGGAACUGGAGCUGCAGCACAUUGAGCACGCCUCCAUCAGCGACUACAUCAAGGAGAGCAAGAACAUCACCUCCCUGCACAACCAGAUCACCGCCUGUGACGCCAUCGUGGAGCGCAUGGAGCAGAUGCUGAGCUCCUUCCAGUGUGACCUGAGCAGCAUCAGCUGCGAGAUCCAGACGCUGCAGGAGCAGUCGGUGGCCAUGAACCUGCGGCUCAAGAACCGCCAGGCCGUGCGUAGCCAGCUCAGCCAGCUGGUGGACGAGCUCGUGGUGCCAGCUGCCAUGAUCAGCACUAUCCUGGAGGCCCCAGUGACUGAGCAGGACUUCCUGGAGCAGCUGCACGAGCUGAACAACAAGAUGAACUAUGUGAAGGAGCAGGCCUUCCGCGAGACCAUGGCCUGCACUGAUGUGCACAACGUGCUGGAUCGGCUGAAGGUCAAGGCUGUGACCAAGAUCCGGGAGUUCGUCCUACAGAAAAUCUAUUCGUUCCGCAAACCCAUGACCAACUACCAGAUCCCCCAGAAUGCCCUGCUCAAGUACAGGUUCUUCUACCAGUUCCUGCUUGGGAACGAGCGGUCGGUGGCACAGGAGCUGCGGGAGCAGUAUGUGGAGACCAUGAGCAAGAUCUACCUGUCCUACUUCAAAUCCUACACCGGCCGCCUCAUGAAGAUCCAGUACGAGGAGGUGGCGGAGAAGGACGACCUGAUGGGAGUGGAGGACACGGCCAAGAAAGGGUUUUUCUCAAAGCCGUCACUGAAGAACCGCAACACGAUCUUCACGCUGGGGAACCGGGGCAGCGUGAUUGGGGGGGCUGAGCUGGAGGGGCCCAUCAUUGUGCCCCAUGCUGCCCAGAAGAGCGAUGUCCGUUACCCCUUCGAGUCGUUGUUCCGCAGCCAGCACUACGCUCUGCUGGACAACAGCUGCCGCGAGUAUCUCUUCCUCUGCGACUUCUUCCUGGUGACGGGGCCCAGCGCCCAGGAGCUCUUCAACGCCGUCAUGGGCAAGACGCUGGCCAUGUUUCUGAAACACAUGGAUGCGUACGUGUGCGACUGCUAUGACAGCAUCGCCAUCUUCCUCUGCAUCCACAUUGUCCUGCGCUUCCGAGCCAUCAUGGCCAAGCGCAACGUCCCCGCCAUCGACAAGUACUGGGACACGCUGUUGGGGAUCCUGUGGCCGCGGUUCGAGUACAUCCUAGAGCUGAACAUCCAGAGCAUCCAGAACACGGACCCCCAGAGACUGGGCUUCCUGGACACGCGCCCCCACUAUAUCACACGGCGCUAUGCAGAGUUCUCUUCUGCCAUCGUCAGCAUCAACCAGACCUUCCCCAACGAGCGAACCCACACGCUGCUGGGGCAGCUGCAGGUGGAAGUGGAGAACUUCGUGCUGCGGGUGGCGGCUGAGUUCUCAUCGCGCAAGGAGCAGCUCAUCUUCCUCAUCAACAACUAUGACAUGAUGCUGAGCGUCCUCAUGGAGCGGGCGGUGGAGGAGAGCAAGGAGGUGGAGGGCUUCCAGCAGCUGCUUUCAGCCCGGUCCCAGGAGUUCAUCGAGGAGAUCCUGUCGCCCCCGUUCGGGGGGAUGAUUGCUUUCGUCAAGGAGUCGGAGUCACUCAUUGAGAAGGGGCAGCUCGACCGGCUGCGUGGGGAGGAGGCCCGGGUGACCCAGCUGGUGCGCGGAUUCUCCACCACGUGGAAGGCCUCGGUGGAAUCACUGAGCCAGGAUGUCAUGAGAUCCUUCAGCAACUUCAAAAACGGGACCAGCAUCAUUCAGGGGGUGCUGACCCAGCUGAUACAGUACUAUCACCGCUUCCACAAGGUGCUGGCGCAGCCGCCCCUGCGCGCCCUGCCGGCCCGGGCCGAGCUCAUCAACAUCCACCACCUCAUGGUGGAGCUGAAGAAACACAAGCCCAACUUCUAGGAGAGGGGAAGCUGCGGCCCCCAACCCUGCCUCAGGCCUGGGGGGGAUCAGCACAGCCCCCUCCCCUGUGUGGGCACGGGGUCUGUGCCCCCUCUCGCCAGUGUACUGUGGGGAGUGGAAAAUCCUUGUCCCACUCUUCCCUUCUCCCCCUGCUGCUGUAACCCACUGUGACCAGUCCAACCCCAGCGCUCGCCACCGACUUGUGGGGCCCCUAUGGUUGGGGGGGCAGCUCCAGGCUGCAGCAGGGACCCGUCCCCCUCAUGUCAGCACCCCUUUCUGCCCUGCAGUGGCUCCCCACAAGGGAGGGGGAAGGUGAGGGACCUGCAGGUGCGUGUCAGGAGGCUCUUCCCUCCCCUCCAGGUGGCUUGUGUGUGUAUCUGGCUUUGUAUAGUGACAAUAAACUCCUUGCUACUCA